AUCCGUUAUAACGCCUCUGAUCACCUGAUCAGUUCUCCUCGGUACCGACUCCAACAGUCGUCUGAGACAGACAGACAGAGAGAGAGAGAGAGAGAGAAGAAGAAGAAGAAAAAGAAGAAGGAGAAGGAAUCAGGGUAUCAAGAAAUUAGGGUUUCAGCCAUGAGUCAGCGCGCUUUGAUAUAUAGUUUUGUCGCAAAGGGAACUGUAGUUCUUGCGGAGCAUACAUCGUUUUCUGGAAACUUUAGUACUAUUGCCGUCCAAUGCCUACAGAAGCUACCUUCAAACAGCAACAAAUUCACUUACUCUUGUGAUGGUCAUACAUUUAACUAUCUUGUGGACAAUGGGUUCGUUUUUCUUGUGGUUUCUGAUGAAGCAGUUGGGAGGAGCUUACCUUUUGUGUUUCUAGAGCGUGUGAAGGAUGAUUUUAUGCAGCGGUAUGGAGCAAACAUCAGUGCUGCAGGGCCUCACCCACUUGCAGAUGAAGAUGAUGAAUACUUGUUCGAGGAUAAAUUUGAUAUUGCAUAUAAUCUUGACAGGGAAUUCGGCCCUAGGCUUAAGGAGCAUAUGCAAUAUUGUAUCGAUCACCCAGAAGAGAUGAGUAAGCUAUCCAAAUUGAAGGCUCAGAUAACAGAGGUCAAAGGCAUAAUGAUGGACAAUAUCGAGAAGGUUCUGGAUCGUGGUGAGAGGAUUGAACUUCUGGUGGAUAAAACUGAAAGUUUACAGUUUCAGGCGGAUGGGUUCCAAAGGCAGGGCAGGCAACUGCGGCGCAGGAUGUGGCUGCAGAACGUAAGAUUUAAGGUGAUGGUUGGAGGGGCUGCCCUGGCACUUGUUAUCAUACUAUGGCUGAUGGUAUGCAGAGGUUUCAAGUGCUGAUGGAAUGAAUGAACAGUAGAUUACACGCCUUGUUCCCUGUAUAUUUCCUCUUUUGUGUAUAUGGAGAUUGAUAGAAUAGAAAAGAAUGCUUGGGGCCAGAGCAUAGCAUGUUUAGGUUUUCGGUUUUUACAAGCAGGCCUCAUGACUUAGUGAUCCAGACGGUUGAUAGGAUGGGCACUACCACUGAUGGGCCAUGCAUAAAAAAUAAAAAUAAAAAUCCCCCAGAUUUGAAUAUUCCUAGCUGUUAUAUUUUUAUUUGUUGAAUGUGAACUCAUGGCUUUAUUUC